UUCCAGCACUUGGGAGGCAAAGGCAGGCCAGGACCACACCAUGAGAGUGUCUUCCCAAAACAUUAGUUUAUCAUUUUUGUUUUGUUUUGUUUUGUUUUGCUUUUUCAAGACAGGCUUUCUCUGUGUGCCCCUGGCUGUCCUGGAACUUGCUCUAUAGACAAGGCUGACCUCUGCCUCUUGAGUGCUGGGAAUAAAGGUGUGUGCUACCACCACCCAGUUUAUUGCUUUUAUUGUGUUUUUGUGCACAUGAAUAGAAAAACUAGUUGUGGAUAUGGGAGCUGCUGGGGUUGUGGAUGCUGUAAUCAAACUUAUGUGCUCUUAACGGCUGGCCCACGUUCCAGCCUCAGGACGGUGUUCUAACAGCAGUGCUAGGAUUGUACAACGUUCACACCCACCAGACAUUUCUUUUGUACCUGGUUUUCCCCAGACACCUUCGCUCCUAGAUUUGGCCACUGAAGUUUUCAGAUGAGCAUUAUUUUAAGAGACAUUAUUAUGCCAUUAUUUUAAGAGAGCAUUAUUUUAUUUCCUGAGCUGACCCCACUUUCUACUCAAGCAAUCCUUCCUCAGCCUCCGCGGAGCUGCCGCUACUGGAGCCUAGGCAGCGGCAGGCAUCUAGUUCCUGAUGAGUGUUCUGGGGGAGUGGGGAGUACCUGAUCUUCCACUUCUCAUCUCAGCCUGCUCCCUGGAAGAGCAGCAGGUGGAACUGUCAUCGAAAAUGGAAAGCCUCUUUAGACCUUGCUAUUUAGGGCGCGCAGCAUCUGCCAAUUCAGAAUCCCUUUGCAAAGGCGCUUCUGGCUGGCUGGCCCGAAGUCCCUUUUACCCUGAUCACGGAACUGCUCAGUGUACGGAGCCACCCAACUCCAAAGAGCCCAUGCUAUGUUGGUGUCACCCCAGGUGCUGACACAAAACCGGGUGUGGCAUACAACCUUACCCUACUCUGCUCACCAGGUAGGUGGUCUGAGGCAAGGACCCCCCCCUCCCUGGGCCAGAGUGGACUUGAAAGACGGCUGCCCUUCUGUACGCCCUCAGGCUUCCUGCGUUCCUCUAAACCGCGGCUCCGUGCAGCCGGCGUCUGCGCGCCUGUAGUGACAGGGCGUUCCCGCCAGCUCGCGGGACCGCAGAACCGCCAUCCCCGCCCCAGCACCAGCCCCGGCCCCGCCUCCGCAGCGGCCGCUUUACGGCGGAGGCCGCGCCGCGCUGUGGGCGGCCGUAAAGCCUGGAGGCGGCGCCGCCUUUCCCGGCUGAGCUCUGGCCCGGCGCCCGCAGGAUGGCGGGCGCUUCCCCACGCGUGCACUACCUGUCGGACUUCUGCUGCCCGCUCGGAGGCAGGGCGGGGGGGAAGCCGCAUGUGCUGCGUCACGAGGCGGAGGUCUUUCUGUCCACGGGGCGCGAGUUCGUCUAUGUGUACGACCAGGAGGGAGGGAUGCUGACGGCGGUGUACCAGUUUCCCGACCAGGUGUGGCACCUGCAGCUCCUGGCCACCCGCAGGGCGCUCUACGUCCUGUGCGCCCGGACUGGCAUCUACUGUCUGUCGCUGGACUCGCAGAGCAGGUCUGUGACCCAGGCCUGUGAGGACGAAGAGGAUGAGGCUCGCCCUUUCCCCGUGAUCCGUGUGGACCUGGACGCCUGUGUCCUCCCCGACUCCGCACUCUGUGCCUUCAGUGUGCUGGAUGACAUGCUGGUCACCCUGGUCCAGGGCCCCACACAGUGGAAGAUGCAGCUGUUCGAGCGUCCCUGCCCAGGGGAGGAGCCUCGGCCUGGAGGCCAGCUCGGUGAGGUGCAGUUGUCCACCUGCACCCCUCCAGGUGGGGUGCCCGAGAAGCCUGCAGCCCCCAGCUUCCUGCCAGUGCUGUGCUGCGUGUUCCCACCAGACUCCAGGGUGCCUCAUGGUCACCCCGCGGGCUGUGGCUGCUUCAUGCUAGAGGAGGCUCUCUUUGGUCUCCUCUUCGGAGCUGACGCCACCCUCUUGCAGUCCCCCGUGAUCCUCUGCGGUCUCCCUGAUGGCCAGCUUUGCUGUGUGGUCCUGAAGGCCUUGGUUACUUGUGAGUUAGCCCCCGGUGACCCUAAGGUCCUGGUCAAGAUCCUCCAUCACCUGGAGGAGCCUGUGGUCUUCAUCGGGGCUUUAAGGGCAGAGCCGCGUGCUGAGGACGAGGCAGGAGAGUUGCUGCCCCAGGAGAACGUGCAUCCUGACUGCCUCGUGGCUCUCGGCCACCAAGGCCGGACACUGGCCAUCAAGGCCAGCUGGAGCGAGUCGGGGAGUCUGGUGCCAGAGCUUCGUGAGUACGGCCUCCCGGGGCCUGUGCUCUGUGCCGCCUGUGGCAGGGAUGGCCGCAUGUACCACAGCACCCCCUCAAACCUCUGCGUGGUCGACGUGACUCGGAGAGACACUCCUUGGAACCUCGAGAAGCCAGAUGGGGCCACAGGAGGUCUGCCCUCCAUGCUGUGCCCGACCAGCUUGAACAUCUGCGGUGUCGUCACCCUCAGUGUGUCUACAAGGGCAUCUACAGGUAGCACCGAGCUCCUGGCCCUGUCUUCUAAAGGGCGCCUGAUCUCCUGCGUCCUGGACUUGAACUCUGAGGUGCCUGUGCCUGCCAAAAUGGCUGUGGCAAAUGCAGGCCAGAAAAUUAAGGAGCUGCUCUCGGACAUCGGUGAUGUCUCCGAGAGAGUGUCCUUCCUGAAGAAGGCUGUUGACCAGCGCAACAAGGCCAUAACAAGUCUCAACGAGGCCAUGAAUGUGAGCUGUGCCCUGCUGUCCAGCCAGGACGGCGCCCGGCCCAUCUCGUGCACCAUCUCUACCUCCUGGAGCCGCCUGGAGCUGCGAGACAUGCUGAUGGCCACCUGCACACUGGAGAAUAGCAGCAGCUUCAGCCUGGACCAGGGCUGGACCUUGUGUAUCCAGGUGCUUACUAGUUCCUCCGCCUUAGACCUGGAUGGGGCUGGUUCGGCUUUUACCUACACCAUUCCAGUGGACAGACUUGGCCCAGGCAGUCGGCGGGAAGUGACGCUGCCCCUGGGUCCUAGCGAGAGUGGCAUGCUCGACCUGCCAGUGACCAUGUCCUGCUGGCUCUACUACAGCCUCAAGGAAGUGGUGGGUGGGGCCCUGGCCCCCUCCGACCCUCUGGAGGUCCCCUAUCUGGAGAAGCUCCCUCUCAACCUUCCUAAGCAAGAGGGUGUCUGCCUGCCCCUGUGCAAGCGUACGGUGGACAUGCUGCAGUGUCUGCGCUUCCCUGGCGUGGCCUCACAACCCGCGCAGGCGCCCUGCGUGCCUGGCUCUGCCUGUGAGCCCGUGGAAACCUUUCUGAAGGCCUGCCAAGCCCCCGGCAGUGAGCCAACCGGCGCUGCCUCCCUCCGGGCCAAGUACCUGCCUCCGUCUACAGCGUCCGUCAGGGUGUCUGCGGUGCUUCUCAGAACUGCCCUGGAGGACGGUCACUCAGGUUUCCACCUGUGCAGUGCCACGCUGCAGUGGCUCCUUGCCGAGAACGCUGCCGCGGCUGUCGUGAGGGCCCAGACCCUGUCCUCCAUCCAGGGCAUAGCCCCAGAUGGUACUGAUGUCAACCUCAUCGUCCGUGAGGUAGCUGUGACUGAUUUGAGCCCCGCAGGGCCCAUCCAGGCCGUGGAGAUCCAAGUGGAGAGCUCCUCUCUGGCCAACAUGUGCAGGGCGCACCACGCCAUCAUCAGACGCAUGCAGACUAUGGUCACAGAACAAGCUGCCCAAGGCUCCAGCCCACCUGACCUCCGAAUGCAGUAUCUGCACCAGAUCCAUGCCAAUCACCAGGAACUGCUUCGCGAGGUGCAGACCCUGCGUGACCAGCUGUGCACGGGGGAUGAGGUCAGCUCCUACAGCAUAGCCCAGAGGCUGCUGCAGGUUUACAGACAGCUCCGCAACCCUAGCCUUGUCCUAUUGUGACCAGCUGCCGGCCAGCUUCUCCUCACUGCGGGACACGCUCCAGGCUGAGUUCCUGGGCUUGUCGGGCUGCACCCCUCCACUAGAACCUCUGCACCUCCGAUGGGAAGGAUCGUUGCCCAAAUACUUGGGCCAUGGAGACACAGGGUUACUGGAGUUCAGACUUGAGGGCGUGGGACUGUUCUGUUGCUGACCCCACCACACCCCAGGAGCACUGGCUGCCUCUCUGGAGCCACCAGGGGGCAGAGUGCUCACUGCAACCAAAGCACAAAGACCAUGGGAGGGCUCCCCUAAGCUGCCCGCUGCCUGAGCUGCCUCCUCCCCCAGCUGGGCCGUGCCCUGCUGCUGGUGCUGUUUUCACUAUGGGAGGAGAAUGUGUCUUCAGAGCUGCUGUGAGUGCUGUCUGUACCGUGGUGUGCCGGCAAGCUGCCCUUUCCUGAUGUCCCCCGUGUCAGCUGGCGUCUGCUCCCUUCCCGCCUCUCACCCUCUUCAGAGUCCACUGUGCUCUGUGCAGGUGGAGGGCAGCCCUUCCCAGCUACCUCCCCCCCGGGGCUCCUGUGGCCGUUUGGGGCCCGAGAUCUGCACCUCAAGGUCUGGACACUGAGCUGCCCCCGUCACGACACAGGGUAUUUAUGUGGGCGUUUGUCCAUCCUCCAGGACAGAGUUCUCCUUGGAGGAGGCAGUUAGGAAAUGGCAUGGCCUCUCUUGA